ACAACAAGUCAGUGAGGAUCGCUCUUUGUGAACGGCAGGAAACGGCGUGUGUGUCUUAAGCAGAAAGAUGAUCCAUAUACUGUCGCUCGUUAUCGCUUACAUUUCCGUUGGAAUAAUUGGCACCCCGUCCUUCGCUGCCGACCCUAUUUUCGGAGGCACUGAAGCGAAGGAAGGUGCUGCGCCGUAUCAGGUUUCGUUGCAAAUUACCUUCACAGAUAGCCACAAACAUGUCUGCGGUGGAUCGAUCAUCGGUGACCGAUGGAUACUAACGGCAAACCACUGCGUGGCAGACGUUAAACCGUGCUGCAUAAGCGUUCUCGUAGGGACGAAUGAUAAUGAAAAGGGUGGCACCAGAUACCUUGUCGAUCGUGUCCUUCCUCACGAUUUGCAUCAGCGUAGCUCAAACAACGACAUCGCCUUGGUACGGCUGGCAACGUCGCUAAAGUUUAGCAAACGGGUACAACAAAUUAAAUACUCCAUGGCCACUGUUCCCGACAAUGCUACCCUUACGGCCACCGGCUGGGGAUUAAUGCUUAAAGACGACGGAUCCAAACAAAGUCCGAACAAGCUUCAAACGCUCGAUGUGCGCCACGUUGCACUCGAUCGCUGUAAGGAUAGUUUUGCCCAUGCAGGCCAUGCAGCAAUCGUCAGCGAUAUAGAUCUGUGCACUCUUGCAGACAAAGACCACCAAGGGUUGUGUUCGGGUGAUUCGGGCAGUCCGGUGAUAUGGAAGGGACAGCAGGUUGCUGUAGUUAGCCGAUCGACUGUAACUUGCGCUGCGGGAUUGCCUGACCUACACACACGCGUUGCGUUGUUUCAUGACUGGAUACAGAAGACGAUCGCAGACAACAGUGAUUGAUGCAAGGGAAAAAGAGUGAGAGAGAGAGUAGCAAAGUACCGAGUACUGUCCAGCUUUGCAUUGAUACCACUGAAAGGAAGGCUAAGAUGGAGAGCUAAGAUGAUGCACAAGGCAUUGCUUGAACUAAUGUGGUGAAAAAUAUAUCUAAAAAAAUUAAAGUUAAGCAAUAUUUGUUUACGAUGAAUAUUUUUCAGUAACAUUUGACGGAUUCGUUCAGAUUUAUUACACACUUAAGCAAGAGGCGAAUGAGGUCUCAAAGUCCCAAUGUAUCUAGAAAUAAAUGGAAAGAAAAAAUCCGCUUAAGCGGUUUCUGUUCAAAAACU